UUCUAGCCAAUUUAUACAAGAUCCAGUUUUCUUGUUUCGCAAAGAAUGAGCCUUCUUUCUUUGUCUCUGGCAUUGUUUGUAGUGUCUCGACUGUUGCCAACGUGUAUUCAUGGGUUACAUGUUGAACCCAAUGAUAUUAUCAAGACCAUUGAGAGCGAAUGCGGUGAUAUAAUCGACUGUGUUGACAUCUACAAGCAACCUAGCCUCAAGAAUCCAUUGCUUCGGGAUCACAAAAUCCAGUUUAAACCAACCAAGGAACCUCCUAAAAUAGUGCAUAAGCUUAAAGGAAGAAACUACAGUCUUCCUGAGCAAACAUGGCGAAGAAGUGGUAGCUGUCCAGAAGGAACCAUCCCGAUUCGGAGGAAGCCUAUUGCUAUCGAUGAUGAUGUUGCUAACCGGAGUCUACGUUUCUUCUCAUACGUUCAUCCUACUGACGAGAGCGUUCAAGAUGAAGGGAACGGAAAAGUGGAAAUAGCUGCUGCAUAUGCUGUAAACGGACCAUAUCAUGGAGCUAGUGCUGCAAUCCCCAUCUGGAAAGUACAAGUGGAGCCCAAUGAAUUCUCAAAGAAUUACCUCCGCAUUGCUAGUCCUCACGAGAGGCAGUUUGUCCCCAUCCCAGGCACGGAUCCGCCUGACAUCAAGAAUCAAAUAGCUGUUGGAAUGGCUGUGUAUCCUUCGGUUCUGGGCGACGAUAACCCUAGGCUGUACAUCUACGCCACUAACGACGGCGGCGUGAAUUCGCACUGCUUGAAUCAUGACUGCGGGUUCAUUCAGACGAAUAAACAGUUUGCACUUGGGACAAAAUUCAGGGACAGCGAAUCCAAGGUUGGUGGUGAUCUCUACUUCGUCUCGGUUGCGCUGUACAGGCAGACCGGGCCGGCGGUGUGGUGGUUGUCCAUCAACGAGGUGGCCAUCGGCUACUUCGACUCGAGCUUCUUCCCGAUGCCCUUCAUCGAGAGCUUCCACAACCAGAUGGGCGGACGUGUGCUGGACACGCGGCCGGGGGGCAGGCACACCAUGACGCGGAUGGGCAGCGGCAUGUACGGCUCGGCAGGGGCCAACAACGCCGCCUCUAUCGCCUAUUACCUAGGCAUCAACAACGACGGCGGCGACCAAGUGGAUGACCCUGUCAACAACAUCGUCACUAAUCACAAGUGCUACGAUGUCAAGGACCUUGGACCAGAUCUCCAUCAUCCAGGCAACGACGUCGCCUACGGCGGCCCCGGAGGAUACUACUGUGAUCAAUAAUUAAUUAUUCAAAAAAUCGAUUUGUUAUCGCUCCGUUCUUUGAAUAUUUUUGUUUUCCUAAGCAGACAUUCCUUAAUAAACGUGCACCUUUCAUUCA